UUUAAACUCAAACUGUAAUUGUUCAUUUAUUUUAAUUCAUGAAUGGUUCUUUUUUUCCCAGGAAUUUAGUAUGAAGAGCCCAUUUAUUCUUUCUUGUGAAGGAACGCUGGCAACCGCUGACGUGGCCCAGUGACGCGUUCACCGGUCUUUCGUUGGAGUGGGGAAAUUGAAGUAUUCGAAACAUUCGAGCAUUAAAAUGAUUUUUUUUUCUUCAGAAACUGCUCCUUCACUGACUGCUGUCCCUAGGAUGAGAUUUUGACAGGAGCUUAAGUGUAUGUAUUGGCAACAACUUUAAAAGUUUUAUAUUUCCCGAAAGGCCGCUUUAAAAGUUUGGAAUUUACGCGAGGUACAUGAAUGCAGCUUUGCUCAAGCGCCGCAGGGUGAAAGGAAAUGGAGGAAUCGACUUGCAAGGAGUGAUUUUAAAACCCACUUUUAUCUUUGUAUUAUGAACGUUUCGAGGACUCGGGUGUUUUAUUUUAAAUAAUUUUUUUGAGUUUUCGUCUUUCCUGCUGAUUUUUUUUUGUGCCCGUUUUCAAAGUGUGUAGAAAUGCCUGGCGAGGUGAAGCAAAGAAAGAAAAAGCAAAGUGAUCAUGUCGCAGCUGAUCCUGCAAACAAACAAGACGAGGACAAAAAAGUGAAUCGUGAACGUGUCGGCACGCCUCCCAAAACUUCGACUUUGGACCUUAAAUUCCUCAUGUGCCUACUUUCGCUUGCGGUCUGCGCUGCACUCAGCUGGAUGGUGCUGCAGCAGAAUACAAGGUUCUCCCAAAUGGAGGAAAAAUUCGCACUACUGUACAGAAAGACCUCAAGUUUGUCCCUGAUCGAGGAGCAAGUAGAGAGGGUCACGCAAAAACUCGCCGCCUCCGAGGACGACCUCCAGGCGGUCCUCUCCGCCGUCUCUUCGGAGAGCGGGCUCCGGCGGGAUGUCUCAGCGCUGCACGUUGCCGUGGCGAUGCUGCAAUCAGAGGACAGUUCGGCGUCCGGCGACCUGCAGGCGGUCAAUGCUCGCUUCCUCAACGUGACAGAGACGUGGCAGGAGCGCCUUGCCGCCGCCUCCUCCGAGCUGGCCUCCCUCAAGGCCGAGUCCCGGGAAGCCCACGCCGGCGCCACGGAGCGGGUGAACGAGGCCGAGCGGCGGACCAGAUCGCUGGCGGAGAAGCUGGAGGAGCUGGAGGACAGCACCAGGAGGAACGCCCGAGCUAUGGAGCGCGCCGAGGAGGAUGACGCCAAGCGGGCUCAGGCGCAGCUGGACUGGAACACCCAGCAGAUCCACAAAAUGGACCAGAACAUCCACAGACUGGCGCGCCAGGAGGCGGAUCUUAGCACCCAGCUGCAGGAGCAACUGCCCCGGGCCAAGGAGUGCGAGGAGCAGCUCCCCCACGUGGAGGAGGCGCUGCGCUCCAUCGUGAAGCUGGGCGCAGACCUCAGCGGCGCAGAGAUCAAGAGGAAGAGCGAGCUGGCGGUGGUGCGCGAGGCCGUGCACGAGCUCACAAUGGUGCUCAGGGGGGAGCAGACAAAUGAGGAGGAAGAGGAGGAAGAGCCGGAUGAAGAGUGGGAAGAGCCAGCCGAAACGCCUCAAGAGGAUGUCGCACAAUGAUGUCACUGCAGCUGGGGGAAAGACUGGUCCCUGGUUUCACAUUUUUGGAUUUAUUUUCUGAGUUCUUACUGGAUUUUAUUAUAUAUAUAUUUUAAACAAUUUAUUCCGUGUUAAGUUGUGCAGCUGGACUGGUGCCGGUCAUUUGCAGGCGUGACACAUGGUUGACGUUUUACCAAUAAAUUCGAAAAUAAGCUU